UAAAUAAUAACAUUAUAAUUUUAAAUAGAUAAUUUUUUUAGACAAGUUUUUGGUAAACGAUGAAACUGUUGCCGCAUUUUCCGGUGAAAUGCACCUUAAUAACAUGUGUUUUGACAUGUGCAGUAUGCAACAUGUGCAUUUUAUAUAAAAAAAAUUUAUUUUGAUUUAUUUAUAAAAGACAAGUUGUCCUGAGCAGUCCUGAGUGAUCCUAUAAUACCUACAUAAAAAUAUGGAUCGUGAAUUAUUGUCCUUGGAAAAAAAUAUGGUGUUGAUCGAUCAACAAAAAAAUGAUCUAGAAAGCAAUAUACUCAAUGUAAAAGAUUUACAAGAUCAAUUGACUCGUCAAAAGAAGAUCCUUGCUGAAUCAAUUGCAAUUAAAGAUGAAUUAGUAGAAAUACAAGAUAAGGUCAACAAAGAAAAAGGCAAUAUUUCUGCUGAAGAGUGUGAAGAAUAUAAAAAGUUAAUUACUUCAAAGAUAAUUAUCGUUUUGUCUGAACGUUCUCUAGUCUUCAUGGGUUUGCCACAGGAAAUUCUUAAUGAUGAUCUACAUGACCAAGUAUUGUAUCUUGUCUGUGUAGCACUUGGAGAAACUGAAAAACUUAUCAAGGAUCUAAACAACAAUGUUGCUGUAUUUGAGCUAGGACUUGCUGACAAAAAGCACCAGUUGGAAAUACAAAAAUUAAAAGUACUUAAAUUAAUAUCUGAUGGUUCCUUUUUGCUUAAGCAAUUUACUCAAAAAAUGAAUAAUUGGGUAAAUGAAGUUAGAGCUGCAAUUGAUAGACCGAUUCAAUAGAUUCAACUUU